UGCUUUACAGUGGCAGUGAACCUGCCCUUGAAGAAAGCAUGCAGACAGACAAACUUUGUCGCAUAAUUUUCUGCAAUUAGAGCAAGAAAUAAAACAAAACAACAACAAAACACACACAAAAAAGACGUUCAUUGGUGUUGUCCAAAAUAAAUUCACUUCAAAAUUGUUUCUCUAUAAUCUGAUGAGGAUUUCCUUUACCUAUUUUUCUCUUGAACUGUGGUAACCAGAAGGUGCAGAUAAGAACCUGCCGUGCUUGCAGAAGCUGCCUUCCCUUUUUAAUCAACAAAUACAUCAGGUGUUUGUAUGUGAUAGAAAGGAGUUUGUUCGCUAAGUUCAUGUGCAGGUUUGACUGAUAAUGUUCCGUCCCUUGUGAAGGAUUUCCGAAAGAUUUAUUGGUCAGUCCACUCAAGAGGCAGAGCCGAAAAAAAGAACAAGACAGUUGAAUUUCUUUCAUUUUCCAUAUUUUGAUUACCACAAUUUCCUUUUACAGGACAGCAAAAAAUAAAAGAACAAAAAUGGCUACAACAGCGGCAAAUACCCAAAGACAAACAAUAGGCUCUGAGGAAUACAGUCUGUAUAGCAGCCUGAGUGAGGAUGAGCUGAUCAACAUGGCCAUCCAGCAGAGCCUGGGGGAGGAUUCAGUGGGCCAGGCAGUGGCCCAGGGCCACCCAAAGCCACUGGGAGGGGGUCCCAGCGAGGCUGCUGCCCCCAGCCGUGCCAGCAGCCACAACCCUCCAUACCACCUCUACCCUUGGCAAAGAUUGGCAGCCAGAGGCCAUGUUCAGCCACCCAGCGCAGGGGCAGCCUGGGGGGUCAGGCGAAGGUACGACGGCAGCCUCUGCAGCACAGCACAGCCCAUAGAACUUGACCCUGUGGUGGCAGCAAUCAGGGAUGGAGAUGAAAAAGAAAUAUGCAACAUGAUGAAAUCAGGAAAAGACCUUUCUGAACCUAAUAAAGAUGGCUGGUUACCCCUCCAUGAAGCUGCAUACUAUGGCCAAGUGGGUUGCCUGCGCCUGUUGCAAAAAGCGUACCCUGGCACAAUCGACCAGCGCACCCUCAAUGAGGAGACAGCUCUCUUCCUGGCCACCAGCCGGGGCAACCUGGACUGCUUGCUUGCCCUGCUGCAGGCUGGGGCUGAGCCUGACAUCUCCAACAAGGCCAGAGAAACUCCCCUCUACAAAGCCUGUGAGCGCAAGAAUGCAGAGGCUGCAAGACUCCUGGUACAGUACAAUGCUGAUACCAACCACCGUUGCAAUCGAGGAUGGACUGCUCUCCAUGAGGCUGUCUCCCGAAAUGACCUGGAGAUUAUGGAUAUCCUGGUGAAAGGGGGUGCCAAGAUCGAAUCUACAAACUCCUAUGGGAUCACUUCUUUAUUUGUGGCAGCUGAGAGUGGGCAGUUGGAAGCUCUGAGAUACCUGGCAAAAUGUGGUGCUGAUAUAAAUACUCAAGCCAGUGAUAGAGCCUCUGCUCUUUAUGAAGCCUGUAAAAAUGGACAUGUACAUAUUGUAGAGUUUCUUUUGUCCCAAGGAGCUGACGCUAACAAAGCCAAUAAGGAUGGCCUGCUACCUCUUCACAUAGCAGCCAAAAAGGGAAUUUGCGAGAUUGUCUCCAUGCUGAUCCCCGUGACCAGCCGCAUCCGUGUCAAGCGCAGUGGCAUCAGUCCCCUGCAUUUAGCAGCUGAACGCAACAAUGAUGACAUCUUGGAGGAGCUAAUUGAUGCUGGCUAUGAGGUGAACACCACCCUCUCCAAUGAACGGUCCUGCCUUUACGAGGACAGACGCACCACACCUCUCUAUUUUGCUGUUUUUAACAACAAUAUUUAUGCCACAGAGCUCCUGUUGCAAGCUGGAGCCAAUCCUAAUGUUGACCUCAUCAACCCGCUGCUCAUCUCCAUACGCCAUGGUUGCCUGAAGACAAUGAAACUGCUUCUCGACCAUGGAGCAAAUAUUGAUGCCUAUAUUUCAAGCCAUCCUACCACAUUUCCAGCUACUAUCAUGUUUUCAAUGAAGUACCUUUCUGUGCUGAAAUAUCUCCUGGAUCUUGGCUGCGAUGCAGUUUCCUGUUUUCAGUGCCAGUAUGGAAACUGCCCACACCCUGCAUUAAAUUACAGACGGGACAGAUUUAAUGAUCCUCAGCAGUCCAAAGAACCAACCAUAACACAGUUUUGUGACAUGGUGUCUACUCCAGAGAUAAGUCGCUGGGCUGGGCCAAUUAUUGAUGUUCUCCUGGAUUAUGUGGGUAAUGUCCAGCUCUGUUCCCGGCUCAAGGAGCACAUAGACAGCUAUGAAGACUGGGCUGUCAUUAAAGAAAAAGCAGAGCCUCCACGACCUCUUGCCCAUCUUUGCCGUGUCAAGGUACGAAGCUUGAUUGGAAGAAACCGCAUUAAACUUAUUGACACAUUGCCUCUUCCAUACAGACUGAUUCGAUACUUACAGCAUGAUUACACACAGUGACCUCAGGCAUGGUAGACUUGCGGCAGCUUCCCGGCAUGGCACUCAGAAACAUUGGCAUGACAGUGGCACACCAUGAAGAACUGCUGCUGGCUUGGUCAAGUGCCUUCCAAUGACAAAUCUACAAGAUAUAUGCUUCUGGAGCGAGAGUGAGAAGAAAAAGGAGGGGACAUUAACCAUUAGGUUUUACAGGAGGAAACACGUGUGAUCCACCUCAGAGUUUGGUCAGCAAAGAAAAAGAAGUGAAAGCCAAUGCUGAAAAAUGAGAAGUGCUGAAGCAAGUACCAGUGAGGGAUUUUGAGGUAUUCUGGGGUCUGGUGCAGCUUAGCAUCCUUGCUGUGAUCACAAUUCAGAAGCUGUUAAGAGUCAACAUAUUUGGGGAAACAACCACAUUUCAUUCACUGACUGAGAUUCUUAUUUUAGUUCCUACUCUGUGUUUUGGAUUUCUGUUCAGUGUGCCGGUUGCUAAUUCUGAUAGUUUGACACUGUCUUGCUAACAAUUUUACUUUCAUUUUUGGACCUUUCUCAGCUGAGUAGAGUACGUGAUUUUUGAACAUUCAAAGCUCAGAACUUUAAAUAUACUAAGAUGUUCAGAUUCCUUUAAAAGCCAAGGAGAGCUUUAUUGAAGGAGGUUGGAGGAAUUGUAUUUAUGCCCAGCAAAUACAGUUCAAAUUGUAUUACAUUUUCAAUAAGAAGGAGGUGAAAUUCUGCUUGAGAUAAUUUUCUAUAUUUUCUGAUUUUCUAUACUGGGGAUUUGAAAGCAACUCAUAUAUAGAUAUAUUUUCUUUUCUGUAAAUUAGAAGUAGUUGCACUGUAAACAGUAGCUAUGGUCUGUCAUGAAGCUGGUGUCUGAACAGAACAAAGCCCUAGAGGAGCACAGGCGGUGUUGAGGAAGAAAGGUAAGAUACAUGAGGAACAGCAACACUGCUACAUUAAUUUUCUCUAUUGUUCCACUAGAGGAUCUUGUCCCUAUGAAACUCAGCCUCUCUUAUUUCCUUGACUUCUGUGACUAUAACGAUACUAUGACUGGAAGAAGAAAGAGGUUAUCUCAAAAUGAUGAAACUCAGACUUUGAGAUUUAUGAAAACAAAUGCCCAGAAUUCAGCCUCAAAAUCUUUAUUCAGGUGCCCAAACAGUGCCAAGAUUCUUGUGCCAGGUGUAGUUACCUUGAAGCCAAUGGGACAACUCUGGUGUCAGAUAUUACUGAGGCAGAAUAAGUCUUAGAAUUUAGCCUUGAAUUUCCUGACUUUGGAAGUUAGAAAUAUCUAUUAGUUCCUUUGACACUGACAAAAGUUAUUAUCUCAGCUUCUUUGAAAAUUAGGUCACCUAUUUACAGCUCAGAUACACAACUGAUUUAUGGCAGCUUAACGAGUUGCCAUCUAUCAGCUGAACCACUAUAAUUGUCCGUGAAAUUCUUUUAUUGAAGUUUUUAACAAGUCACAUUCCCUCACAGCUGGGGAGGCUGAAGAGCCCAGAAAUGGUUAUUGGCAGUGACUACAGCUCACUUGACAGGUGUGACUUGCUGAACCACUGAAAUUUAAUGAAUGCCUCUGUCCUGAUCAGGCACCUAAGUAAGGAUGGAAGAGCCUAAUUUUGGAAUUAUGUCUUGGCAGAUCUUAUUCUAGAAACAUACUCAUUCGUACCGUAGGUGACAAAAGAGCUGUGAAGUAGGGAUUGUUUUGAUUCCCCACCAGAGACCUGACAGAUCUGCUUUUGUUUGUUGGCCUGCAUACUAUGGAAGCAGAUAGAAAUAUAAGUAGGGAAAAUGCACUGGACUGACUUUGUAUAGAGUUCUACAACUUAACACCAGACUAAAAGUGUGUUGCACACAUACAGGUCUAUCUGGGCACAGAAGUCCAGAUUCUGUGAUGGUUUUGUGUGAAAUGUGCUUAGCGCUCAUGGGAUAGGAUGUGAGUGGAAGCAGAAAUAAUCACAACUAAGGGCACUCUGUCCACAGCUGUCCUCUUCCCAAACGCAAAAGCAGUUGAAAAAACAACAGUUUCAAUUCACACUGAACUGUGAUCUUCUUGCAAAGCUUUAUAAAAUAAGAUGAGAUUCCUCCACUGUUGAAAUUCCAUCACUAGCAGGGUCUGCCCACUUGUCCUGCAGUGUGAACUCCACCACUCUUACAGGAGUGGGGUCUCU